AGCUUCACACUAGAUGAACAUGAGGGGAAGGAGUGGGGGUGAGAUGGAGAGAAAUACAAUAAAAUGGAGAGAGAUGGGAGGAGUGCCGGAGAGCAGAGGAAGGGAGGGAUAGAGAUGCCGUGGAAGUGCUCGUUAAUUUGAAUUUACUGGAUGCGAAGAGAGGAGCGCAGGCGAGGAAGCCAGCUUAUUGCAGAUGGAGGAGGAAAGAGAUGGACGAGAGAAGAAAAGAAGUCUGAAACAAUUGAGAAGCAUCACUGUUCCACUGUGCCUCUAUUGAUCCGYAGCAGCCAGGUGGUUUUUGUGUGGAGGAAAGAAGCAGGGAAGAAAAAAAAAAAGAACAGAGCGGAGAGCUCUGCACUGCUUUGCUUGUGUGAGAGCUCUCCAGCUGAGCGACACAUCACAGGCGAGACGAGCAUGUUCAGUUUGUAGAGUCUGUGCUGCGAGCAAACAUCCUCUGCUUCUUUCAGCCGCUGCCAGGAGUUAAGUUUCUGCUGUUUCAUGUAGACCUCACGCUGGAUUCAAAGCAUCAGAUGGGAUUGUGUUGAUCCASGAGUCUGGAAACACAAGUCGCUUGAGGAUCAAAUACCAACCCAGAAACCCACCAUUCAUGGGAAAAUAGUUUUGUUUGUUUUGCUCUGGGUCACCUGGAUUGCCUGGRAUCAUGUUGUGGAUUAGGUGAUGAGCCCUGAGGUGGAGCCGAGGAGGGAUGAGGUUCUGGGAGGUGAGAGCUGCCACUGGCCUGUGGCACCUUCCACUGCCUCCACCUCCACCUUCUUCUGACCAUGCAGGUCCUACAGAUCGUUAAGGAACUGGUGUCCCCGUCCAGACACAGGGCAACAGCCAGRUUUGGAGCUUCUGAUACGGAGCAGGAUGCUGCAGUGAAACUGGACCAGGAGCGGGCUGAUAUUGUCGCUAAAUAUGACAAGGGAAAAGAGGCCACCGUUGAGCCCUGGGAGGACACCAACUUCCACCUGUACAAAGUCAUUGACCGCUUCGGAUUUGUCCAUGAGGAUGAACUUCCAUCCUACGACUUGCUGGAGGAGAAGCAAAAACACCUGGAGGUGGAGAGGACCACCAAAUGGCUGAAGAUGCUGAAGAGUUGGGACAAAUACAAGAACAGUGAGAAGCUGUUUCGGAGGAUUUAUAAGGGCAUUCCUUUGCAGCUCCGAGGUGAGGUGUGGUGCUUGCUGCUYGACGUUCCCAAAAUAAAAGAGGAGAAGAAAGAUUUUUAUGAGAAACUGAAAGCUCGAGCCAGAGUGGUGUCACCUGACRUCCGACAGAUYGACCUGGAUGUGAACAGAACUUACAGGGACCACAUCAUGUUCAUGCAUCGCUAUGAUGUUAAGCAGCAGGCACUAUUCCAUGUCCUCACAGCCUACUCUAUGUACAACACGGAGGUGGGUUAUUGUCAGGGCAUGAGUCAAAUCACAGCUCUGCUGCUGAUCUACAUGAAUGAAGAAGACGCCUUCUGGGCUCUGGUCAAACUACUGUCUGGGCAGAAACACGCCAUGCAUGGGUUUUUUGUCCCUGGAUUCCCWAAGUUGAUGCGUUUUCAGGAGCACCACGACAGAAUCUUGAAGAAGAUGAUGCCCAAACUGAAACAGCACCUGGACAACCAGGAGGUGUUUACCAGUCUGUACACCAUGAAGUGGUUCUUCCAGUGCUUCCUGGACAGA